AUGGCGAGUUUUCUUUAUCACGUUUAUUUAUGCAAGAGGGGCUUCUCAAAUAGCCCCUCUAGCUCACAUCCUUCCUCGGUUAUCUCAUUGGACACCGCUACUGUCAGGUAUUCUAUUAUGGUGAUUGUUGCUCUGGAUGAUCUCGACAUUUCAAUUUUUGCUUUCCUACAAAAUCAAGGUAAUAUUUAUAGCACAUUAGCCGCUACCAACUUAGCCGCGAAGUCCACUUUUAGUUCUUUUAUUUCAAGAGGGUUUCAUCAUCUUCAUGAGAUGGCCUUUCUUACUAUAUAUUUAUAUAUUUUUUAUCAAACGCCACCUUACUUUAGUGAGGAUGAAUGGCUGGUAGAAGCAAAGUAUGUAGGGAAGCUUUGGCAUCCCAAUCUUGCAAAACUGGUUGGCUAUUGUUUAGAUGAUCAUCACCGCCAUUUAGUUUAUGAGUUUAUCCCUAAUGGAAACCUGCAGAAUCAUUCAUGGAAUUAUCGGUUUGUGUACUUCACUUACGCUUCUCGCAAGAACAACUCAAUUCACUUCAAGAAAGCUAGUUAUUUCUCUCGAUCACUUUCUUGGAAUCUUUAUGUGAAAAUUGUGCUAGGUGCUGCAAAGGGUCUCAAAUUUCUUCAUGAUGCAAAUGUGAUUUAUAGAGACUUCAAGGCUUCUAAAAUCUUGCUUGAUUCGAACUGUAAUGCCAAACUAUAUGAUUAUGGAUUUGCCAAUGAUAGUCCGACACGUCAUAAAUGCAUUGCCUUCGCAAGGUACUGGGGUACCGCAGGGUAUGCAGCUCCCGAGUUUACAAUUUCAGGUCUUGUUACUACAAGAAGUAAUGUAUAUGCUUUUGGGGUCGUGCUUCUUAAAAUUUUAACCGGGAAGCCAGCUAUAUGGACGAACAAGCCAUCUCAUCAGGAUCAAGAUUUGGUUGAGCGCGCUGAAAUAUUGGCAAGUGAAUGCAUAUUUUUCCGAGACGCGAAUCCUACUGUUUCAACGAAGAACGUCGUGAAAUUUGCUCAACUCGCACUCGAAUGUGUGUCGACGAAUCCGAAAUUGAGGCCUAAUAUGAAGGAAGUGGUAGAAGUCUUAGAAGAACUUCAAGACUACAGAAUCGUAAAAGUUACGUGAGGCUGAAGUUGUCCCAUUGAUAUGCUAGCUAGGAAGUGCACAUAAAAUUGAAUCUGACCUUUCUUA